CAACCCUAACAACCAAAGAGUAUUCUUUCAUUUUCAUCCACACCAUCACCACCACUUGGCACCUGUCAUCGUACGUCAUCAGCAUGAAGCACUAUACAUCAUUUGUCGUUUUUGUAUUACUCUCUCUGGCAGUGCUGCUUCCCGGUAGCAUCAUCCAAGCAAAAGAAAACGUGCAGUGUCCUAUUCCUGGAGGGAAGAUGUAUGCGCCCGUUCCUGGCAGCUAUUGCGUCGACUACUAUAGCUGUGCAGGCUCAACACCAACAAUUAUCAGUUGUCCUGGAGGAUGGAGGUUUGAUUCCAAAAGUCAAGGAUGUGCUUCAAGCGCACAAGUUGAUUGCAACUAGUAGCAUCAUUUUAGCUUUCUCUCUUUUUU